AUGAACAUCGAAAUGAAGGACAUAGAAUAUGUUGAUGAAAUUUCGGGAGUUGAAAUAAGUAAAAAUGGAACUUUAAAAAAAGACUUUUUGGAAUUUUUUUAUUCGUAUGGGUAUAACUGUCGGAGAUACUUUAAUAUUUGUGUGGUUGACCCUGAUACUGUUAUUUUUGCCUCAGGAUGUUGGAUUAAUAUUUUUGAUGUUAAGAAUAGGGAGCUCAGAUUCCGGAGGUGUUGUUACGAAGGAAUUGGACACAUUGCCAAAAAUCCAUCGAAACCGCAUAUCGCAAUAGCAGAAACUGGAAUUGAUCCCCCAAUAAUAAUAUACUCAUAUCCAAAUUUCGAAAUUAUCACAAAACUUCUCAAUGGGACUUUAAAAAAAUUUUCUCAUCUCUCGUACAAUUCCAAUGGGGAUUUGCUUGUGUCCCAAGGUGGCGAGCCCGAUUAUUCGCUAAUAAUAUGGGACUGGGCCUCAUCAACAAUAAAAUUACGUUGCCAAUCACACACCUCAGAAGUUUACAAUGUCGUAUUUUCGUCAUUUAUGCCAGAAAGUUUAGUGACCUCAGGUUCUGGUCACAUCAAAUUUUGGAAAAUGGUUGACACCUUCACAGGAUUAAAAUUGCAAGGCUCAUUAGGACGAUUUGGUAGCACAGAAAGCUGCGAUAUCAUAGGAAUUUUUUGUAUGCCCGAUGGUAAAGUUGUUUCGGGCUGCGAGUGGGGAAAUAUUUUACUAUGGACGCAGAGUUUGAUUUCGUUGGAAGUCAGAAGAAAAAAUAAAAAACCAUGUCAUGAUAACAUGAUAACACAAUUUGAAUUCAAUAACGGCGAAUUAAUGUCAAUAGGAAUGGACGGCUGGAUUAAAAUUUGGUACUACGAGAGCAUUGAUAAUGCAGAACCAUCAGAAGAAAAUCCUUAUAUUGAAAUAGAACCGAUCUAUGAAUUUAGAAUUUUUGAACAAGUUAAUAAUAAUAUUAAUGUCGAUUCAAUGUUGAUGUGUAUUAAAAAAAAAAUGAACGAUUCUGAAGAUACAUUUUGGUACGGGCAAGAUGGCAAUGGUGGAUUAUGGUUAAUAGAUCUUUCGACUCUUAACCCACCGACACAGCCUCAAAAAUUAUUAACCUGCCACGCAAGUGCAAUCGCCGACAUCGCAACAAGCACAUGGUCAAAUUUACUCGCAUCUUGCGGUGAUAGCCGGCUCAAUAUUUAUGAUUACUUGAAAAAAAAAUUAAUAGCCACUUAUAAAUUUAAUGAUUCUUGUACUCAAGUCAUCUGGGUACCCUGCUCAAUUGACCCGACGGGCUCAACUCUAAUUUGCUCAUUCACAAGCGGAAUUAUUCGAAUUCUCGUGAUUAAUUUUAAUGAAUUAAUUAAUAAGCCUGUUACUAAUAGUCAUGAUAAUGUAUAUUUAACACAAAUCAUUAAGCCGCAUACGAAAAAAAUAACAAUUAUGUCAAUGAAUUCUUCAAAAAGAUUACUAGUGACUGGAAGUAAAGAUUUAACAAUGUUUAUAUUUCAUAUAAAUAAUGAUAAAUUAUUUGAAUUAGUUGCCAUUGGUUACAUAAAUUUGCCUGCUGUUAUAAAUUGCGUGAAUUGGAAUCCAGAAUUUGAUGGAAUGAUUUUUUUGGGAUGCAUGAAAGGAUAUUUUGUUGAAAUAAAAUUACCGGAAACGAGACCGGUUUAUACAAAAAUAAGUUACGAGUUAGUGGAAUACAAAUUUCGAACUUUUAAGACAGAGAUUAAAAAUAGAGAAAUAAAAAUAGAAAGCGAUAUUUAUAAAAUACCUGAUAUAUUAACCAUUAAUUAUAUGGAUGAUAAAAUAUGGUUAACGAUGAGUGGCGAUAGUAAAGGAUUUAUUUAUGAAUUCAUUUUACCCAAAGAUGAAGAGUUUGAUCAAAUAAUUAAUGUGCAACCGGAUAGAGUUAUACGAAUUUUUGAAGAUGAAAAUGAAGAAAUAUUUAGUUGGGUUUUUUAUGACGAGUAUUUAAUCCUGGGCCUUGAAAGUGGAAAAUUAAAAAUUUGUCAUUUGAAUAAAAAUGACACGACAAAUUUAUCCGACUACUGGCUUCUGCCCAUCCAUGAAAAUUCAGACGGUCAAAUAACAAAAAUUUUAUUAAGCUACGACAGAAAAAUGUUAUUCACUUCCGGCUGUGAUGGAAAUAUUUUCUCAUUCGUUAUUAACAAUAAUAAUUUAUUAGACAAAAAAAUUAAUUUUGAAAAAGCUCAAAAGUUAAUUACGACUCCAACAAUUGUAGAAGAUAUUGAAGACAAUUAUCCAAGUUUAGAAGAAGUUAUAAAAAAAAAAGAACAAGACCGAGUUCUUAAUGAAGCAAAGAAACGCAAACAAGAGACUUUAGAAAUUUUAGAACGUCUUAGAAAUAAUUAUUGUCAAAUUAUUAUCAAAAAUAAUGAGUUAGCAAAGUCCCAGCAGCUGACUCAAGAUGAACUUGAACUCGACCCACGAAUUACAGAGGAUUUAAAUAGAGAAUUAAAAGAAAAAUUGGAUUCUGUUUAUAAAAAAUAUGAAUUUGAUCUUGAAAAAAGUAGACUAGGUUUGGAAAAAUUAAUGAAUUUUUUUAUUAAACCUAUUACUUGUGUACCUUUUGCUGUAUGCAGAAUUUUGAAAUCUGAUUCGAUGGUUCACUCACUGAGAGAAAGAAAAUUAGCUGAUGAUUUUAAUGAAACUUAUGACAGCGUUGAAAGUUUUUUAAAAGGACUAAACCCUGAUACAGUUCAAUAUAAAUUAGGCGCCCAGAUUAAUCAGAUGUUAAAAAAAUAUCGUGAGAGAAAAGCGCGAAAUGCUCAACGUGCUCAAGAAUGGAAACUAAUGGAGGCCAGUAAACCAGAUACGAAUGCUGAUAAUGAAGAGGAUGUUAAAGCUGUUGAAGAAGCCAAAAAAACAAUCGGGGAUUAUAAAUUAAAAAUUUCAAAUAAUUAUAAUUAUGAUGAAAAUUUUAAAGUUAGUCGGGACACUACUUUAAGUAAACAUAAACAACUUCUAGAUUGUAGAAAAAAGGUUCAUCUACUACGCGAGAGCUUCAAUGAACGUCUGAAAAAUAUCCGCAGCAAAAAAUUGGAGCUACAAAAUGAAGUUAUCGGCCUAAUAAAUAAAUUAAACCUUAUUCAUACAGAAAUACCAGAAAAAUAUAUAAAACUCUUGCCUUCUAUGUUAGAAAUUAAUUAUGACAUUGAAUUUCCGGAAAAAAAUUUAGAAUUGGAAAAAUAUAAAUCAUUAUCAGUAAAAUUCAAUGAGUCUCGUAAUAAGCAAUACAGUAAAUCUUUAACUGAACCACAAGCCCAAGAAUUGAAACUAAAUAAAAAAUUAUAUGAUGACGAAUACGAAAUUCUGUUAUUAGAUGAAAAAAUAGUAAAUAACCAACUAAAUAUGUUUGAUCCAGAGUUAGAAGAUAAUUUGAUAAAAAAAUCAAAAUUAGAAAUAAAAAUUCCACUAGAAAAAAUGGAAGAAAUGAAAAAUUUUGAAGAUCGUGAGCUGACUGCAUGGGAGCGAGAGAUGAAAUUAGCACGCGUGGCUAAAAAAAUUUAUGAACAAGACUGUAUUAUUAAUUAUAUUAAUAAUAGUUAUAGGAAUAUUGAUUUGGAUCUGGAUAAACUGGACCAAGAAAGACUGGAAAUUAAAGCGGAUUCCAUUUAUUCGGAGCUCUACCAGCUGACUUUACAUCAGGAAUUAAUUAUUCUGAAAGAUUUCGAAGAGAGAGAAAAUUUGCUGAUUUACAGAGUUGAUGAUCAUACUUACGAACGUGAUGCUAUUAAACAAAAGAUACAAAAAUUAAACAGCAGUAUUGACAUUAAAAAUAAAGAAAUAUCUAAAAUAACAGACAAGAUAAAAGAAUUAAAUAAACAAUUUACAAAUUUAACAAGUGAAAAUAAAUUUUCCGAGUAUUUAAAAAAAAUUUACCGAAAAAAAUUCAAAUUUACCCGAAUAACUGACGAUUCAUCAGAAUCUUCGACAAGUGAAUCGAGUUCCGAUGAAGACAAUCAACUCAGUACUGAAGACGAAAAUUUUGACUAUUUAAAUUUGGACGAAAAUACAUGCCCUAUAGGUUGCGAUGAAGAAUUAUAUAAAUUGUCAUUUUCUAUGCGCACAAAACGGCACAAAUUUGAAAACCAAAUGCGAGAUGACCAGAAAAUCCUUGAAGAUUUACGAAAACAAUUGGAUCAGGACAAAAAAAAAUUUAAAAUCAUUGAAAGUAAUUUAAAUUUGAGCCAACGUGAGCUACAAGACUACAUGCGAGAAAAACAAAAAAAAUUAAAUGAAAUUGAUGUUACGGUUAUUUUGAAAUUACAUCAAUUGCAGCAUAUCGACAAUGACAAUUUAGUAAAAAUAAGUGACUGUGUUGUGUUUGAUCGAACACAACUAUCGCAACUUUACACGCGAGUCGGGGAAUUGCAGCAAGAAACUACCGACCAAAAAAUAAAACACAAGUAA